AAGGAAACGGUCAGUAAUCUCCCGCUCAUACUCAGUGCUGCAUUGGUCUAUCAUACGUUUGUCGUGCUUCGUGCUAUUUUGCUUCCGAGAUGAUGCGCUACGAGUGAUUCGUCCCGAGACAUCAACAUUGCAUCCGUUUGGUUGCUUUCUUCGCAAAUAUAUCGGGAUAGACUAUUUUCAAAAUGGAGUGGCUACAAUUUGUUACGUUAGUGUUAUUUGCAACGUUUGCCAGUGGUCGCGAAACGUGGCAGAAACCAGGAUGCCACAAAGUUGGACACACGCGCAAAAUUAGCAUUCCGGAUUGCGUCGAGUUUUCGAUAACGACCAACGCCUGCCGAGGAUUCUGCGAGUCGUUCGCCGUUCCCUCGGACCCGUUCGCUGUGGGGCAGCACAAGCCGAGCCAACCGGUGACGUCCGUUGGCCAGUGCUGCAACAUAAUGGACACGGAGGACGUGAAGGUGCGAGUGUUAUGCGUCAACGGAAUACGCAAUCUGACGUUCAAAUCGGCAACCAAUUGUUCGUGCUACCACUGUAAAAAGGACUGACGGUUAAUUGAAGCGUAGACAGGCGCACACCGUGGAAUGGGAUCGGACUGAUGACUGUUAUUCUAAUGUGUUAUAAUUGCAAAAAAUAUUUACCUCUGAGCCACCCUUAUGCAUUUGUGUGAUGAUAAUGUGCAAUAGUGUUAAUGAUAAAGUUGUCCUACAGGACUACUUCAGAUGAUUGUAUAUUAACGUACAUUAUUAGCAGAUGGAAUAAAACUAUACACAUAUAUUUUGACAAAGAA